GCGUGCGCGCCGCCCCGGGAGGAAGAGCUUCACGCGUGAUGUGUGGGACAUAAUGGUGGAUAGGUAGGGAACACAUUUAAGCUCGCUAAGAGUAGCUCGUCAACUGUUGACCUGUUCGCCGCGGCUGUCUCGGCCUCUCUUCGCCCCCUCGACUCGCCUCACGCUCCCCGGCGCAGCCCGCUCGACGGAACGAAGCCCUGGACCGCAGCAAAAUGCCUAAUAUCAAAAUAUUUAGCGGGAGCUCGCAUCCGGACCUCUCACAGAAAAUAGCAGACCGCCUGGGUCUGGAGCUGGGGAAGGUUGUGACGAAGAAAUUCAGCAACCAAGAGACAUGCGUGGAGAUAGGAGAGAGCGUCCGCGGAGAAGAUGUUUACAUCGUGCAGAGUGGCUGUGGGGAGAUCAAUGACAAUCUGAUGGAGCUGCUGAUCAUGAUCAAUGCUUGCAAGAUUGCCUCGGCCUCCAGGGUCUCCGCUGUCAUCCCCUGCUUUCCCUAUGCCCGGCAAGACAAGAAGGACAAGGUGGGGAGCCGUGCUCCCAUCUCUGCCAAAUUGGUGGCCAACAUGCUGUCUGUGUCCGGCGCCGACCAUAUCAUCACUAUGGACUUGCACGCAUCACAGAUACAGGGGUUCUUUGAUAUCCCGGUCGAUAACCUGUAUGCAGAGCCAGCUGUGCUGAAAUGGAUCAAAGAAAACAUCCCUGAAUGGAAAAACUGCAUCAUCGUCUCCCCAGAUGCCGGAGGAGCCAAGAGGGUCACCUCGAUAGCGGACAGACUGAAUGUGGACUUCGCCCUGAUCCACAAGGAGAGAAAAAAGGCGAACGAGGUGGACCGCAUGGUUCUCGUUGGAGAUGUGACGGACCGGGUCGCCAUUCUCGUGGAUGACAUGGCCGACACGUGUGGCACAAUCUGCCACGCCGCUGACAAAUUAAUAUCUGCUGGCGCCACCAAGGUGUACGCCAUCCUGACCCAUGGCAUCUUCUCCGGCCCGGCCAUUCAGCGCAUCAACAAUGCCUGUUUUGAGGCCGUGGUGGUCACCAAUACAAUUCCUCAGGAGGAUAAAAUGAAGCAUUGCCCCAAAAUUCAAGUGAUCGACAUCUCCAUGAUCCUUGCGGAGGCUAUUCGUAGAACUCACAACGGCGAGUCUGUGUCAUACCUGUUCAGCCAUGUUCCCUUGUAACAAAUGGUAUCAACCAUCAGCUGUAUGCUAUUAACACCAAAAAAAGAAAAAGAAAAGAAAUCAAGAGGGAAUCCUACCCAAACACAACCAUUAACAAAGAUGUUCUUCUAAUUAACCGUGAAAAAAAAAUGAAAGAACUGUGAUGUCUGUUACUAAUGUUGACCCCCUCCCCACCACCUCACUCGAGUUCCUUCUCUUUAGAGCGGAGUCUCAUCAUUUCUCAGCGCCUGCACAGUCGCAGGUUACCUUAUAGGCUGGCGUAUUUAUUGUUUAUGGAUAAACAGUUAUUUAUCCGCCGUGAACGUUGUCCUCAUAACAUUUAGAUGCAGAGUUUCUGCUGAUCCUCCCGGAGCUCUUUCAGGCAGAUAUCGCAGAGGUCAUAUAUGAAUAUUCCUGAAAGGCUCCUGCGGUCAGGAGAGGCUUCUGCCCUUUAAAGCUGUUACAGUGCUUUCUGUUACAACGAAUGAGUGUAGUUUUUUCAUGUUGCUCUUGUAUCCUCUAUUUGAAAGAUUAUAAAUAAUGAAGUGAAUGUGUAUUGAAAUAGUUUACAGUGCCACUGAAACUCCACUCAACCAAGAGUGCCUCAACAGUCUGAAAUGAAAUGGCAUUUUCCUUCACUCCAGUCCUCUCGCCCUCCCUCCUGUUUUAAUGUUUUCUUAAAGAUAAAAAAAAAAAAAGUAUGUUUCUUAGAAGGCUGUUGCCAGUUUUACGUUUCUUUCAACUAUUGAGGUGCCCUCAUUGAGUGGGGUUUGCCCAGUGUGAGAUUUACAGGAUGAAGAUCUUAAAAGCUGUCGGGUUUUUAGCUUUGGGGUCUCUGCAGGCUGGAGCUUCCUUCAGAAAUUUUCACCUGCUUUAUUUUUUUAUUUUGUUUUUUUUUCUUUCUCUCUUUUUGUAAGUCCGGAGUAAGGAUUUGUCAUCAGCGUGCGUUCCAAAUCUAUUGUGUUUAUUUUUUUUUUUCCAGUAGAAAGAAUGUGCCAGGUAUUUGAGGGUGCAUUCUCAAUAAAGCUUAAAUAUGAGUCAAAUCU